AUGGCAAAUCCUUUCGAAGCGCUAGACAAAAUACUAAAUGAUGUACAUUUGUACCCGUUGGAUGCACAGCACCAAAUUAUUAACAUACAAAACAUUGAUAACAGGAUAAUAAAGUGCACACGCAAGCUACAUAAAUAUUUUAAGCGUGGUCUCAAGUUGAGCAAAAAAACGUACGAGAAGAAGGUAAAGAAAUGUCUGGCGAGUAUUAGCCAUUUAAACAGGAAAAGAAAAGUUUCUAUGGAUGUUAUAGUGGAGAGCACCCGUGAAAUAUUUGCAGAUAUGCAGAAGGAGUUUUCGGAUGAGUGGAAAAGCAGUAUUGGUGACCCCUUAAAGAAUCCCAGUGUUUUGAAGACCAGAAUACCGAAAGAAGAUGUUAACAAUGAUAUAAAACAGCCAAAGUACUGUUUAUGCCAGACAAGCGCCUUUGGUGAUAUGAUACGAUGCGAUGAUCCGGAGUGCAAGAUUUUAUGGUACCACUUCGAGUGUGUGGGACUAGUGCACACACCUAAGAGCAACUGGUACUGCAGCGCGUGUAAAAAAAAUAGGGUAAAAAGAGGAUGAGCAGGUGUUUCGUGUUAAUACCUACAUAAACGUACUUUUAGUAAAAAUUUCGAUAUCAAUAGUUCUGAAUAAUGGCAAGCGAGCGGCGCUUUUCAAGUUCUUUGCAAUAUGGUUUGGCGAUUAAACCGGUUUUACCCACAAUUUGAACAUUCAACUAAGAUUGUUACAUGGCGCUUGCACCUGCGUACAAGGAAUCAUCUCGGCAUUUAAAAUUGUUUGUUACAGUCCAUUCAUCAUACAAUAAAAAGGCAACUCGGAAGCUGAAUGGUCAGUUUUAAUCUUUGCAUAAAAGACCUGGUGUAUUUUUUCGUGAA